AAGUUGGUACCCAUGCUUAGAAAAAGGGCAGCUGCAUCAGCCGCUGUCUUGAAUGGUCAAAUUUAUGUUGUGGGAGGGACAGAUGGAGACGCACCACUAGAUACAGUUGAGCGUUUUGACCCGUUGGAGGUAUGCUGGUCUCUGUGCCCCACCAUGUCAACUCCAAGGGAAGCUUCAGGAUGUGUCGUGUUCCUUGGCCGUCUGUAUGUAGCAGGAGGGCGAGAUGAAUUUGGUCUAUCACUGAGCACCGUAGAGAAAUACGACACAGAAACUCUGCGCUGGAGCCCUGUUAGACCUAUGAAGAAUAAAAGAUUUCAGGUCUCUUUAGUGGUGUUUCAUGGCUUCCUAUUGGCUAUUGGAGGAUCUGAUGGUGUAAGUGACCUUAAAACCAUGGAGGCUUAUGACCACGAAACAAACUCCUGGAGACAUUUUGGCAGUAUGAAGUCCAAGCAUCCAGGUGGACAUGUGGCUCUGGUUAAUUCUCCGUGAAAUGUGUUGAUUGAAGAGUAUUGAUGACAG